GUGCAGAUGUGUUCUAUCAGCCCACACAGGGGAUGGCCCUCCACACAGCAUCACUACCAACGGUAUCUCUACACUGUGGGUUGUGAGACAGCAGAGCUCCAGUGGAGAGAGUGUGUUAGCCUGAGUCUGAGCCCUGAGCCUACUGCAGGAGUUCUACACCCACCCAAGUCCUGCCUUGUCCAGCCCAACCCAGCCAUUUUCUGACCUGCCUAGCCCAGCCGAACCCAGCACAGCCCAAUCAAGCUCUUCACAACCCAGCCAUGGAUGCCCUGUCCUCCCUCAGCUCCUCAACCUCCUGCCCCUACCUGUACCUCUGGAUCACCAACAACAGCAGUAGAAGCAGUAUUAGCAGCAAUGUGAUCCUGGAGCACUACAACCACACAGGGCGUCUGCAGCACCGCGGGCCCCGCCAAGGUGGCCUGAGCUUGGGCGCGUCCCUCUCCCUCUUCAUCAGCAUCCUCAUCAUCCUGGAGAACCUGCUGGUCCUGGUGGCCGUGCUCUCUAGGAUCCGCCAGAGCCACCGUUGGGUCUACGUGUGCAUUGCCAACAUCACCCUGAGCGACCUGCUGGCCGGGGCGGCCUACGUGGUCAACAUCUGCAUGUCUGGCAGCCAGACGUUCAGACUGAGCCCAGCUCUGUGGCUGUUCAGGGAAGGGGUGAUGUUCGUGGCCCUGGCUGCCUCUAUCUUCAGCCUGCUGCUGAUAGCUGUGGAGCGCUACACCACUAUGAUGAAGCCGCUGCACCAGAAGUCAGCCAAGAAGACGUGUCGUAUCUAUGGCCUGGUGGCGCUGUGCUGGAUCCUGGCCUUCGCCAUCGGCUUCCUCCCCCUGCUGGGCUGGAACUGCGUGUGCAACCUGGAGAGCUGCUCCACCUUGUUGCCACUCUACUCCAAGCAAUACAUCCUCUUCUCCCUGUUCAUCUUCUCCCUCAUCCUGCUGGCCAUCGGCGUGCUCUAUGGCGCCAUCUACUGCCACGUGCGCAGCAGUGCCGAGGUGGGAUCCCAGCGCAGCCGCAAGCGAUCCCUGGGGCUCCUGAAGACGGUCAUCUCCAUCGUGGGUGUGUUCAUCAUGUGCUGGGGCCCUCUGUUCGCCCUGCUGCUGCUGGACUUUUUCUGUGUGUCGCGGCAGUGCGCGCCGCUAUUCAGUGCCGACUGGGUCAUCGCUCUGGCCGUGCUCAACUCUGCUCUGAACCCGGUCAUCUACGCCCUGGGCAGCACAGAGCUGAGGAAGGCCAUCGCAGGGCUGCUGUGCUGCUGCUGCCUCAGGGCAGGCCUCUGUCACCCUGAUGCCUUCGUGUCCAAGGAGACCAGCAGCACGGGGAGCACCAGGCACAACAGCCUGAAGAACAGUUUCAAUAAGGUCAGGAGUCUCAGUAUCAGCCCCCCGCCUGCACCCAAGGCCCCCAAGAAGAGCCGCCGCCUCAGCUCCACCACCAGCUGCCUGUCUGUGUCGAGCGGUUAGACCACAAUGGGCUGCCUGGAGCAGACGUAGCUGCGAGAGAGAGGUGUGUGUGUGUGUGUGGGUCUGUGUGUGUGUGGGUCUGUGUGCGUACGUUGGAAUUUAGAAAAAGCCCACUAGCCCGAGGCUAGCAUUUUUCUAAACGGGGUAGUAGAAAAUGUAUCUCAUUGGCACAGAUUCUGAACCCAAAUGUUACCCGGGCUAGUAGAAAUUGGCUAUCCAAGUGCCCAAAAUCCUUAAGUUCCAUCACUGUGUGUUACCAUAGAGGAUCCAGUUCAUCCAUUAUCUAGCUCCACCCAAAUAAGGCCUUGAUACAGCCAUGCUACAACCAUGAUACAACUAUGAAGAUACAGCCUAGAUACAGCCUUGAUACAACCAUGAUACAACCAUGAUACAGCCAUGAUACAACCAUGAUAAAACUAUGAAGAUACAGCUUUGUUACAGCCUAGAUACAGCCUUGAUACAAACAUGAUACAACCAUGAUACAGCCAUGAUACAACCAUGAUACAACUAUGAAGAUACAACCUUGAUACAGCCUAGAUACAACCAUGAUACAGCCUUGAUACAGCCUUGAUACAGCCUUGAUACCAUGAUACAACCAUGAUACAGCCAUGAUACAACCAUGAUACAACUAUGAAGAUAGAGCCUUAUUACAGCCUAGAUAAAGCCUUGAUACAACCACGAUACAGCCAUGAUGCAACCAUGAUACAACCAUGAUACAACUAUGACGAUACAGCCUUGAUAAAGCCUAGAUACAACUUUGAUACAGCCUUGAUACAGCCACGAUACAACCAUGAUACAGAAGAGUGAAGGCUGUCAGCAACGGGUGUGGCUGAAAUAGCCAAAUCCACUCAUUUUAAGGAGUGUCCACACACUGUUGUAUAUAUAGUGUAUGUAUUGUACAAAACUGUAGAGUUUUAUUCAUUUUUUGAUGGUCAGAGUACAUUUAUUUCAAAAUAGUUUUUCAUUGUAAGAAUAUACAUUUGUUGAAGGCUUUACUAUUGCUGUUCCUGUGUAGGAGAAUGAUAUUGCUGUUAUUUUGAAAAUGUAAAAUGUAUAAAUAAAUGUUUUGAAAUAA